AUGACAGAAGUAAUAGGACCGUUUUAUGCUGUUAAUACCAGCUUUAGUUCCAAUCUGUCCAUUGUUGGUCGUGCUGAUGUCGACUAUAGCAUUCCGGAAGAAUUUCAGUUUACCUUGCUGACUAUGUAUGCUGUAACGUCUCUAGUUGUUCUACUAGGAAACAGUAUGGUUUGCUAUACAGCUUUUAGAAUCCAUAGUUUCAGAACUGUUACUAAUUUCUUCAUCGUUAGUCUUGCAAUAACGGAUAUCAUUAUGACUUUAUCGUGUGUGCCGUUUUCUAUCCUCAGCAAUCUUUUUUUCCACUACUGGCCUUUCUGGAGCAUCUUGUGCCCUAUUGUCGUCUUCACACAGUUAGUUAGUGUCUUACUUCGAUCGUUCAUGCUUGUUGCGAUGACAUGUGACCGCUAUCAGGUGGCCAGAAAUCCUAUGAAGCCACACCUUCUGACGAAAUGUCGGGCCAGAAUAUUGGUGAUGUUCAUAUGCACCUUGUCCUGUUUAAUAUCACUUCCUACUUUUAUAUAUUCAAAAAUAAUCUACAUGCCCUAUGAACCUGGAUCCCGAGGUCUUUGUGUGGAGCUAUGGCCGGACGAAGCCAUCAGGACUGUUUAUGGAGUUUGUAUCAUGUUGCUACAGUAUUUCCUUCCAUUGAUAUUUAUGGCGGUCACCUAUAUACACAUUGGAAUAAUUGUAUGGAUAAAACGGACCCCGGGAGAGACCUAUCCACUUAGGGAGGAGCGCCUCGCCAUAUCGAAAAAGAAGACAAUCAAAAUGAUCUUCGUUGUCAUCGUAGCUUACCUGUUGUCAUGGCUACCACUCCACGUGAUUACUAUCCUUGGAGACUUGGACCAGUCUAUUUUUGAUGUAAAUUACAUGCAUAUGACGUGGCUAACAGCUCAUUGGCUGGCAUUUAGUAACUCAGGAGUCAAUCCUGUGAUUUAUUUUUGGAUGAAUGCCAAGUUUCGCCAGAGUUCUGUUUUAUGUUUUUAUGCAGUAUUCCGUCCAAAGCAACCCUCGUUUAAAAGGUCAUCGUUCCGGAACAGUAGUAAAAGGGACUGCACGUCGAGGCGGGAUACAGAUAUGAGUUUGAUGCCAUAA